AUGUCUGAACAGAUUACAGCCUGGAUCAGAAGAGUUGCUGCUCUCAAUGAUGCUGAUUUGGACGAAGAGCUCAAUUUGAUCAACAAGAAUUCACUUAAUGCAUUCGCUAGGGCAAUCAGUCGCACACGUCGUCCCGAAUUGGACUCUCAUAUUCACAGAAAUGGUGCGUAUGAACCACAUCCCCACGCAGAUACAAUCAAUUUGUUGCUUUCUAUUGGAGAGAAUGUACUGUCUGCGAUCAAUUCGGAAACACCAGUUAGCCCUGUUCCUUACGCAGUCAGUCCUUAUAUGGAUGUCAAUGCCAGAAUCAAGAUCUUGACCUGA